UGUUUUCCGUACAAUCACGAUUUACGUUUCUGUUUUAGUAUUUAUGAAUUGAGAACAUAUGGCAAUCAGUUCGCUGCAGACGCUCAGCUCUCUUAGAAGAUUCUUCUUCUUGUUCUUCUUCGUCGUUGUCGACGUCGCCAUCAUCGUCUACUUCCUUUUUUAAUUCUCUUCUCGUUUUCGUUAUAGUCGCAUUACUACAUUCCAUACUGGCGCCACCGUGAGAUCCUCUUUUCCGAUUCACUUGAUGUUCUUCUCAUUAUUUUUAUUUCUUGUUUGCGUAACUCUUAACGCCGCACUCCAGGUCUGUACUAGGAUGAGGAAAUGAACAAAAAUAUCUUACCAGCGGCAACUAUCCGCUAUAAGGAAACUUCACGUGAUCAUUUUGUUAUUCCUGGUUACUUCCUCCGACUCUCCUUAUAUUCUCUGGAAAGUAAACGUUACGUGGAAAUGAUUUAAACUCUAGCGAACUUGCUAAGCCAAUUCUAGAUUCUUAUUCGUUUCCAUUUUCUUUCCUAUGAAACUUAUUUAUAAGCAACGCAUAACCAAGUGCAUUCAGUGGCAAUGGCCGAGAAUUCAUGGAUAAACUUUACACUCGUUUGUUUUAAACGUUAUAACCGUUACGUAUUUCAUAGACAUUUUAGAAAUUAGUUAUUUCGAAAGCUAUUUUGAUAAAUUUUCAUGAUCCUCCUGACACAAUCAUGCAUCUCUUGGAACACUGUAUCGUGAUCACAAAGCGUGUAUUGAAAGAGUCAAGAAGAAUGGGAAUUAGAAGAAUCAAUGUAAAACCUUUAAUUUUUUCUUCAAAAAAUAUUCAGGAAACUAAAUCUCAUCAUACUGCCGCAGUCAAUUCUAAAUGUAUGAAAGUAACUGUCUUAGGAGCUGCAGGUCCAACUGGUACCGCCCUUUCAUUGCUUUUGAAACAAUCAUCUCUAAUCGAUGAAUUAGCCGUAUACGACCGGAGUUCCAUGGCUGGCCUAGUUUUGGAAUUGAGUCACAUCGACACAAGAUGCAAGGUCAAUUCGUGUACUGGCGCAGCAGGCAUUGUCAGCGAAGCAAAUCUUAAGGAAGCUCUGCAGGAUGCAAAAAUCGUAAUGAUAACGUCCGAAGAUGAAGCUUUUAAAAAAAUCACGAAAAAUCAAGAAGAACUCUUAAAGAGAAAUGCAAAUGUUAUUUCGGAAUUGGUCCCAAGUCUAAUGAGAUACUGUCCUCGAGCAAUGAUUGCUCUGGUAUCUCGUCCCAUGAACAGUCUGAUACCCUUAAUCUCGGAGAUGUAUAAAAAAGGUGGAUUCGAUGAGGAUACAGUGCAAACGCAUCUUUUCGGCGUGACGUCAUUGGAUUGUGUACGUGCUAAUAAAUUCGCUGCAGAAAUUCUUGGGAUAGGACCGGAAUGCGUGCUGGUUCCCGUAAUUGGCGGAAGUUGCCCGAAGACGUGCAUCCCUUUAUUUUCUCAAAUGAAGCCCAGCAGCGAGUUGACGAACGAAGAGAUUGGCAAACUUACCUAUUCUGUAAAAAUGGCGGAAGAGGAAGUCGCUAAAGAAUAUGGUCGAAAAGGUAGUUCAUCAUUGGCCAUGGCUUUUGCUGCAGCUCGAUUUUGUAUAUCACUUUGUAAAGCGUUACGUGAUCAAAGAGGAGUAGUGGAGUGUGCUUACGUGCGAUCCUGCGUUAUACCGGAAGUGACGUAUUUUGCAGCUCCGUUAGAAUUGGGUCCGAAUGGAGUGCAAAAGCAUCUGGGUAUACCGGCACUCUCUGAUUACGAGUGCAAGAUGUUAACCGCUACGAUUCCCGUUCUCAAAGUGGCUAUAAGGAUGGGCCAAGUAGUUCUUCUUGACCCUGGCACUUGGUCCCAAAGGAAUUUCUACGGAGACGUGUCCUGUCCCAGAGGAUCCUUGUGUCAAUAGAAAAGUGUCUUCGAGUACAUCCGACCGAAUUUCACGUGGUCCAAUCUCUACGGCUUAAUUCAAGUUUGACUCAUGUGGUGUCAAGGCUCCCAACUUUACAAAAAUACAUGCCAAGUUAUUCCUAGCCUUGCUGGGUAAUUUUAAACUCAAGCCGUAUGAAACGCAUUUUAUCACGUUUCAUGGCAUGCCCUGUAAAUCUAAUUUGUCUUUAGUUCAUCCCUCUCUAGUUCUCCUCUUCGUCUCUUCUUCCGUCUUUAUACUUCUCUCUUGAGGGUAAGAAACUACGGAAAUGAUCCCGUGAAGAUUCUUAAACGGACAAAAUGAUUCUGUUUCUCUUGGAUGGUUUUAGAUCUACAGUGGACGUAAAUUUGUGUGGGCUGUCGGUUGUUAGAGCAGAAUAGGAAGGCUGUUUUACUGUAGCUCUUAGGUGCCAUUGGACCCUGGAGUAAAUUCCUUGUUGUAUGGGGAGAAAGCCAAUAAGUGAAAAAGAAUGAAAAAUAGGAAAAGAAGUAACAAUACGGAAGAGGGAGGAAUCCGAGGGCAUUCUUGAUGGCUCAUGGCUCAUGACACGCCUCGGCUAUUUGUCUGGGUGUAGUGACUCCAAUUUAUCCGAGAAUUCUAUUUGAGAGACACGUGCGUCUAUAAAUGUCCUGCCAUUACGAAAACCCCCAUAGCUUCUGGGAUUUUACAUGGUACACGAGCCAUUCGUAUAACCUCUCUAUAUCGCGUAUAUGGGAGAACCAUAGAAGAAUCAUGAAAAUAUGCUUACAACUUCUCAUUAUAAAUACUUCCUUAAAGUAUCUACAUUGUAAAAUUUAUAACAGACGAUAUAAAAACACAAUAAGUUUAUUUUAAAAGGCAGUAUGGAAAGUCGCCUGGUCGAUCUAGUUAUUUGAUUUGUUUCUUCGACAUAAAGAAUUUAAAAUUCAAAAAUUCAGAGCUACGCCUACGUCAAUCUGCAACCC